AAUCUACUUUAUGAACUGAGACCGAACUUCACCUGCACGAUUUUUUGCGUCUCGUUGUGGGGAUUAAUUAUCAAUUUAUUCACUCGGAUUAAACUUAUUUUCUCUUCAAUAACUGUAAUGACGCCGUAGUGUCGCGUCAUGACGCUCUCCAAUUAAACCUGGAUGUUGUAAAUGGAUCCGCUGGUUUAGCACGAGCAUGGCGAAAUGAAGUGCAAAAGUCAGCUGAAGUGAAGUGGACCGAGGAGUGUCACUCAUCCGACUGUUAACCUGACCAGCUAACCAGACGCCAUGGCUGGAGACGACCAUUACCUGCAUACUUCCAGCCAGAUUUUCGACAUGAUCGAUCCGGCGUGGGAGUUUACACAUUUCCCGGCGAUGUCUCAGACCGCGUCUCUGCGGACAGUGGACGGACCUUUCCUGCAGAUCAUGGAGCAGCCCAAACAGCGUGGCUUCAGGUUCAGGUACGGCUGUGAAGGUCCGUCCCACGGCGGUCUGCCAGGAGCCUCCAGCGAGAAGAACAGAAAGACCUACCCCGCCGUCAAGAUCAUAAACUACCAGGGUCCGGCCCGGGUGGUGGUCCAGCUGGUGACGGCGCUGACCCCCCACCCUCAGCUCCACGCUCACAGUCUGGUGGGAAAACAGUGCGACAAAGGCGUCUGCGUCACGGACCUGCAGCCCAAAGACUCCAACAUCAGCUUUCCUAACCUGGGCAUCCUCCACGUGACCAAGAAGAACGUGGCCAAGACGCUGGACGAGAGGAUGGUCGAGGCCUUCAGGCUCGGAUACAACUGUGGCGUCUGCAUCCACCCCGAGAUAGACGCCCAGCAGGGGGAGGUCAGUCCCCGGGAGCUCACCGACCACCAGCGCAGUGUGAUCAGCAGCGCGGCGGCCCUGCAGGCUAAAGAAAUGGACCUCAGCGUGGUUCGGCUCAUGUUCACAGCGUUCCUCCCCGACAGCGACGGAGGUUUCUCCAGACGACUCGAGCCCGUCGUGUCUGAACCCAUCUACGACAGCAAGGCUCCGAACGCCUCCAACCUGAAGAUCGUGCGGAUGGAUCGCACCGCUGGCUGCGUGAGCGGAGGAGAGGAGGUCUAUCUGCUCUGUGACAAAGUCCAGAAAGAGGACCUUCUUUAUUUGUUUGAACGUCUACGCACUCCAGACCUUCUUCUUCUUCUUCUAAAUAAACUCAAAGGACCCUUCUGCCGUAUGUUGGCAUUGUCGUCUCUGCUUAAAGAAAAGAAGAAGAAAUUUGAUGGAAUUUUCGCCAUCGUGUUCAAGACUCCGAAGUACCGAGACCAGAACCUGCAGAAGCCGACGUCCGUGUUGGUCCAGCUGAAGAGGAAGUCUGACAACGAGACCAGCGAGCCCAAACCCUUCACUUACCACCCUCAGAUCAUCGACAAGGAGGAGGUGCAGAGGAAGAGACAGAAGACGUUGCCAAACUUCCAGGACUUCAGUGGUCACGGAGGAGGUGGAGGUGUGUACCGUGGAGGAGGAGGAGGAGGAGGAGGCCCAGCGGCAGGAGGAGGAGGACCCGGCUCUGCAGGAGGAGGAGGUUACUUCCAGGGCUUCAGUACCUACAACUAUGGAGGAGCAGGAGGAGUAGGAGGAGGUGGAGGUUUCUCUACAGGAUACUCAGCUGGUCUGGGAGGAGGAGGAGGCAUCAAACACGCAUCUGAGGGCGACCCAGCGGACGACAGCGAUCCUGACGAUGACUCGGGGUCAGGGGUCGUGCUGGGAGCUUCUGCCCAGCCGGGAGGCCUCGAGGCUGGGGAGACGACUGAGGAUGGAGGGGUCUGUGUGGACGAGCCAGAAGCACACGGAGAUGAGCGGUUGGUUGAGGUGACCAGCAGACAGUUGGAGGCUCUGUUUCAGUACUCGGUCACCGGAGACUCUGCGUACCUGCUGGCUGCACAGCGCCCCCUGAUGGCCGCGCAGGACGAGGACGGAGACACUGGACUCCAUCUGGCAGUCCUCCACAGCCAGCAGGAGGCGCUGAAGAGUCUGACUCAGGUGGUCUCUGCUCUGCCUGGAGAGGAGGUGCUCAACAUGAGGAACCACCUCUACCAGACUCCUUUGCACCUGGCUGUGAUCACCCAGCAGAGGGAGGCGUUGGAAGCGCUGCUGUUGGCCGGCGCUGACCCAACUCUGACGGAUCGUCAUGGCAACACUGCGCUCCACCUGGCGUCCCAGCUGGAGGGAGGAGGAGGAGGAGGAGGAGGAGGAGGGAUGGUCCGGGUUUUACUGCAGCAUAGAGGGACGAGAGAGCUGCUGGACCACACCAACACAGCCGGUCUGUGUGCGAUCCACCUGGCGGUCCUGUCCAAUCAGCUGUCUUCUCUCAGGGAGCUGCUGGAGGGCGGGGCUAACGUGGAGGCUCAGGAGCGCAGCUGUGGGCGGACCGCCCUCCACCUCGCCACCGAGGCCGACAACGUAUCGCUGGCCGGCUGCCUGCUGCUGGAGGUACAGACCCGGGUACGCUGGGUACGCUGGGCGCCGCGUGCUACUGGAUGUGUGUGUGUGUGUGUGUGUGUGUCUUCAGGUGCAGACCCUCAGAAGGAGAACUUUGAACCUCUCUACUUCAGGGAGGACGACUGCUGUGAUGAAGAGAGAGAGGAAGAGGAUGAAGAUGAAGGCUACAUCCCAGGAACCACUCCUCUCAACAUGGCCGCCAACACUCAGGUGUUGGAGCUUCUGAAUGGUAAAGAGUAUAAACCAAAAUCUCCUCAUGAAGCCUUCAUCCCUCCUCAAGGCGACCUGGCGAGCCUGGACGUGGAGGUGAAGCAGCGUGUGUGUCGUGCUCUGGAGAGUGAAGCAUGCUGGGAGAAUCUGGCUCACAGUCUGGGUCUCGGGAUCCUCAACACGGCCUUCAGGCUGAGCCCCUCCCCCGCCAAGACACUGCUGGACAGCUACGAGGUUUCCGGCGGGACGAUCCGGGAUCUGUUGGCUGGUCUGAAGUCGGUCGGUGAGUGCAGAGCGCUGAGCGUCCUGGAGGAGGCGCUGUGUCACCAUGGCGACGACGAAACGCAGAUGACAGAGGAGACGAGCGGCCAGUCUCCGGUUCAGGAUCUGAAGGCAGAAGUUUGGCUCGACAGCGGGGUCUGUGACAGCGGCGUGGAGCUUUCCACAGCGUGAAUGCCUCAUUGGCCCGUCUCCACUUGGGUUUGACAACAACAACAACAACAAAAACACAAUCCAUCCCAUCCGCUGAUUGAUUAAUCCAUGGCUCCAGUUUUCCGGGCUGAGUGGUUUUCUUCACAAACAUUUUAACUUGUUUUUAAUUAAAUGUGUUUUUUUUUUUUAACCUGAUGACACAGAAAACAUGUUCAAAACUAAAAACAUAUAUUGGAUUUUUAACGGUUCUCAGCCCACACUACACUCCCAACAGCUCAACCAAAGAAUGUAAAUCUGUGAUUUUUGUUCCUCCUGAAGAGGAAAUCAGUUAUUUUAAAAACUAAUUCACCCAAAGAAUACAAACCGAGUCUGAAAUGUCACGUCCGUAGAAAAAGAUUUGAUAUUUUUGGAUGAUGAGCGAACAGAUAAAGUGGACGGGGGAUUAUUUUUUUUUUUUUUGGGGGGAGGUGCUAUUAAUACUCAAAUGAUUGUAAAGAAAUUUGCCCUUAAAGUAUCGGUUCAGAUUGUUUCAAAUCUGUCUUAAAGGUCCCUUGGCAUGAAAAUGUCACUUUAUGAGGUUUUAUAACAUUAAUGUGAGUUCCCCCAGCCUGCCUAUGGUCCCCC